CGCAGCACUGCGGCAGUGAGCAAACUGAGACAACAUGCACCCGAGGAAGGUUCAGUAUUUGAGUCGCAUCCCGAUGAGCGCCGCGGAGGAGAAGGCUGCUGCGCUCAAGGCCAAGGAAGCCGCGAAGGCGGCAGCGUCUGGUGACGAAAGUGAAUCCGACAGUGACAACGCCACCGACGGUGCAUCGACGACACCUGGCACACGUGACAACGAAGACAUAACGGGUCAGCCCGAGCCAGAAUCCCCCGUCAAGCUCUCUCAAAAGCUCCUUGCCCGAAAUGAAUUGUCGAAGAAAGUACAGACGAAUUUCAGUCUGCGCAUGGUGCUUCUCCCCAUUGUCGCUGCCCUUGCCAUGGCAGUGUACAAGGUCAAGGUGGACGGCGUCAAGUUUAAUCCCCGAGCUCUUCUCAGUAUCACGAACUCGUCGAGUAAAUUUUCCCCGGGUAUGUUUGACUUUGUCGGGAGCAAGUACGCGAGCGAUGUCGUCCAUAUCACGACACGGAAGUUGCUCCCUGAAGACGACGCCGCCUUGUGCGCUGGAUGGACUCCUCAGAUUGUUAGCCACGAACAUGGGCACGUCGAAGCCGCACUCCUUCACGCCGACACACUUCGCCAAGAGAACAAGGUGCUACUGCUACUCAACGGCCACGACACGGGGCUCUAUUACCACUGGAACAAGGAGUCGGACGACUGCCUGCAUGCGCUCACGACGGCCGCCGCGACUGCUCUUGGCGCUGACCCAGACUACUUUCCCAAUGGACUACGUUUGUACAACAGCAUGGGCAACCCAAUCGCGACUGCUGCCGAGCUCGACGUUGAACGCUUGGCGUACAUUUUGACCGAUUUCCAAAUAUGGGUGUGGCCAGGAGUCCGAGUCGGCUACGUUCGCCGCAUCGAGAACGUAACGAUGACGACGAUCUCGUUGUCUCCACUAGUGUUUGACUGCGAAGGCUUCUUCACCCUCGACGAAGCCAAUGCGAUCAUCGAGUAUGGGAGCAAGAGCCUCUCCCGAAGUCCCGUGGACUCGCCCGACGCCGUCGAUGGGUACCAUGCCGACCGCACGAGCAACACUGCAUUCCUUGCCGACAAUCGGUUCACGCGGGACUUCCGCCACCGCUCUGCGCGACUGGCGCGGUUGCCGAGCCCAUCCUUCGUGGAGCGGAUGCAGUUGGUCCGGUACGAAGCGGGACAGUUCUUUCGCAAGCACGAAGAUUACUUUGAGUCCAAGGACUUUUUGGGCAAAAAAAACGAAGCGUUGAAGGACUACAAGACGUGGGCAGAGUGGGCGGCACGUCAAAUUGACACGUUGAUGGAGGAGCGCCGACAGGAUGCGGACAGCGCCGACGACACGAGCAGCGUCGUGCCUUCAAUGUUCCAGCCGGGAGGGCCCCUGUACCCGAACCCGUCCGACAAGGUGACGUGGCAGAUCGAAUGGCUCAAGUUGUUCUUGGAAGAAUCGGAGCGUACCAACUUUUUUGAAGACAAAGCCGACGUUGACUGGGGCAAGUGGAUCAUCGAAAACGUCGAGAACAGAGCCCACGGCAUCGUGGACAUUCUGCUCGAAAGCCGCGGAUACAUGCUGCCGUACAUGAUCCAAGCAUGGGAGAAAAAGAGUGGGCUGCCGUCGCUGAAGUACAACAUCCCGAAAGGUCCCGUGAGCGGUGUGACGCACUACUUUCGAUGGAUCCGAUGGUUGAAGGAGCGCAUUCAGGACUUGGGAGAGGCCGCUCCACCUCAUGUGCGCCCCACCGGCACCGACUACCCCUCGUUCCGGUCCAAGUUCCAAACCAAGGUACCAUGCCGUCCUUGAAUGACCUUUUUGAUUCUGCAGCUGGAACGCCACUACGUGAUUGUUCCCGCCUAGCCAUGAUAUGACCGAUUGAUGUCGGGUUUUGUUGGCGCUUUCUUUUCUCGACUUUACGACGUGAUGACAAUGUAGUUGGCUCGUUACAUUUUGGAAGAUCACUCGGUCGAGGAACUGACGGCGUUGUGGGGCUCGUCGGAGUGGGCCGAAUGGCUCGUGGCCCACGAAAAGGACACGGACGUCAUCUUGGACGGUGCACGGCAGUUUGUCCCCAUCUUCCACGCCGCAGUCGACGCUUGGACGCGACGCACAGGGGCGUCCGACGUCGCAGAGUUGUUUGCGUACACUCCGCCUGUCCACGUCGAGCACUUUGAGCCGAAUCGUUUUGUCACGUUGUUCUUGUACUUGAACGAUGUGGAAGAAGGCGGCGAGACCGUGUUCCCGUACUCCAAGGAACGACUGGUCACCAACAUUGAACGCCAAGGGAUGGACGAGUGCUCCGAGGGGCUGGCCGUGCCGCCCAAGAAGCUCCACAUGUCGCUCUUUUAUGGCCAGACGUGGGACAACAAACUCGAGCCAAAGAGUUUACACGGCGGGUGUCCACCAGCCAAGGGUGUCAAGUUUGGUGCCAACUCGUUCACUUGGAACGCAGACGCCGACGAGGGGUCCAACGCUUGGGGUUUUGGAGGCUGAUCCGCUCGUCGAGUUGUGCACUAGCAAUAUAUGGAAACAGUGAUGUGAAAAUACCGACGAGUGCGCCCGUGCCUUCAUGGGAUGGCUAGCGAGAUUUUAAACCUUGUCCAUCUCUGAAAGGACGGGCGGACGUUGACGAGAAACCACACAUACAUACUCUCCAUAC